AUGGCGGACACUGUCUAUUCUGCCCCAGUUCCUAAUUUACAAACACUGAGGGAGAGAAUCAUAAAUGCUGUGGCGUCUGUAACCCAGGAUAUGCUGGCUGAAACCUGGGACGAAUUAAAAAUACGUCUAAAAGAUCUGAAGGCCACUAGAGGGGCACAUGUAGAGGUGUAUAAGGUUUCCUUAUCAGGCCAAGACUUUGUGGACACCCUGUAUUCCGUCACUAUUUACAUUUUACUGUUGGGUUUGCUAUCACAACACAGCCGAGGGCAGGAAUGCUUAAAACCUGCAACAACAGACAUCACUGUGCAAGAGUUUCUGUGCAGUCAACCGUACUUCUUCAGUUUUGCACCAAAGGACGAAAACAACGUUUUAUUGGACAAUGUUUGUAUAACGUUUUUUCCUCUGCCGGACGAUCCUGAUACUGUUGUGGAGUACGACUCUUUUGUCUACUGUGACGGUUCGAACUACGUAGAAUCUUUCAUAGCAACUGCUGCUGCUAAAGGAACAUUCAUCACAGCUAACCCCAGAGUAAUUUAUCGGGACUACAUCGUAGGAUACGCUGGGUGUGACAUCCAAGUUGUGUACAGAUGUCCUCAGUUCGGAGAUACAACACCCCCGUAUACAUUUGGACUUACUACAAAUUGUGCUUCUAUGGGAUUAUCGUGUAUGCGGAAGGUUGAAGAGGUGAUCGCGAACGCUGGUCUACCUAAGGACGAAUAUUACAUCCUUCCCAAUAAACUACCUAACCGAUGUGUUACUAGAACUGCGUGUACGAUCCAUCCCAACCCAUUCUACAACAAGCUGGAGCCCACUGUGGGAUUGGUGUAUUGA